AUGUCUGAGAGCGGCCCCAAGGAUGCUGUGCUCAGCAUCGCGGUGUUGCCUGCCUCCGUACUGCCCUCGCCUUCCGGAGAUGCUCGGUCUGCCUCCCUGGUGGGACACGUUGGUUUGGUGGGCUGCGGUCCAGUCAACGUGUCCUACAUGGGCACUUGGCCUUUGGGAACGCUUUGGGCGUUAGGCCAUUUCCAGGACCUACUCACUAAGGAUGACAAAGAAGCCAACAGACUCAUGCCAAACAAAGGAGACCAUGGACUAGGAAAUGAGAAGUUCAAACCUGUGGUACCUUGGCCUCAUGUUGAAGGUGUGGAAGUGGACUUGGAAUCCAUUCGAAGGAAAAAUAAGGCCAAAAAUGAACUAAAUCAUCAUGCUGGUGGUGAUAACAAACAGCAAAACAUCAUCCAGAGGCAGUAUCUCACAUUUAAGCCUCAGACAUUUGUAUACCGAGAUCCUGUUUUACGAUCUGGAAUCCUUGGUAAUUUUGAACCCAAAGAGCCUGAGCCUCAUGGAGUUGUUGGUGGCCCUGGAGAGGAAGCGAAGCCAUAUGUUUUAGGACCAGAUUACAAAGAAUCCAUUCAAGCCAGCAUUAAAGAGUUCGGGUUUAAUAUGGUGGCAAGUGAUAUGAUCUCACUAGACCGGAGCGUUAAUGACUUGCGUCAAGAAGAAUGCAAAUACUGGCAUUAUGAUGAUAACCUGCUCACCUCCAGCGUUGUCAUUGUCUUCCACAAUGAAGGAUGGUCCACGCUCAUGAGGACAGUCCACAGUGUCAUUAAGAGAACACCAAGGAAAUAUUUGGCAGAAAUUGUGCUGAUUGAUGAUUUUAGCAACAAAGCGCACUUAAAAGAGAGGCUGGAUGAGUAUAUUAAGCAGUGGAACGGCCUUGUAAAGGUGUUUCGAAAUGAGAGGAGAGAAGGUUUAAUCCAGGCUAGGAGCAUUGGAGCCCAGAAGGCUAAACUUGGACAGGUUUUGGUUUACCUUGAUGCCCAUUGUGAGGUGGGAAUUAAUUGGUAUGCGCCACUUAUAGCUCCUAUAUCUAAGGACAGAACUACAUGUACUGUACCUCUAAUAGAUUACAUAGAUGGGAAUGAUUAUUCCAUUGAGCCACAACAAGGUGGGGAUGAAGAUGGUUUUGCCAGAGGGGCCUGGGACUGGAGUUUGCUGUGGAAACGAAUUCCGUUAAGCCACAAGGAAAAGUCCAAACGAAAACAUAAAACUGAGCCUUAUCGGUCCCCUGCAAUGGCUGGUGGACUGUUUGCCAUCGAACGCGAUUUCUUCUUUGAACUGGGUCUCUAUGAUCCAGGUCUUCAAAUUUGGGGUGGUGAAAAUUUUGAAAUUUCUUACAAGAUCUGGCAGUGUGGAGGAAAACUGUUGUUUGUUCCCUGUUCCCGUGUUGGACACAUCUAUCGUCUUCAGGGUUGGCAAGGAAAUCCACCCCCUGUGUACGUUGGGUCUUCUCCUACAUUAAAGAACUACGUCAGAGUUGUAGAAGUGUGGUGGGACGAAUACAAAGAUUACUUUUAUGCCAGUCGGCCUGAGACAAAGGCACUACCCUACGGAGAUAUAUCUGAGCUGAAGAAAUUCCGUGAGGAUCACAACUGCAAAAGUUUUAAGUGGUUUAUGGAGGAAAUUGCAUAUGAUAUAACUUCAUAUUAUCCCUUACCACCUAAAAACGUGGACUGGGGAGAGAUUAGAGGCUUUGAAACCGCUUACUGCAUCGAUAGCAUGGGGCACACCAAUGGUGGCUUCGUUGAGCUUGGGCCUUGCCACAGAAUGGGAGGAAACCAGCUUUUCCGAAUCAAUGAAGCUAAUCAACUCAUGCAGUAUGAUCAGUGCUUAACUAAAGGACCGGAUGGAUCCAAAGUUAUGAUUACGCACUGUAAUCAGAAUGAAUACAAGGAAUGGCAAUACUUCAAGAAUCUGCACAGAUUUACUCACGUUCCAUCAGGGAAGUGCUUGGAUCGCUCCGAAGUCCUCCAUCAAGUUUUCAUUUCAGAUUGUGACUCCAGUAAAGCAACGCAAAAAUGGGAAAUGAACAACAUCCUUAGUGUGUAGACAGACAGAACCUACCUACUGACACGUUAAUUUGUACAGGACUGACCAUAGCCUGAAAACUGCUGCAAUCAUUAACUCUGUACAGCUGCGAGCCUCCUGGCUUGGAUGAAGGACGUAGAGGAACUGUGAUUAUUACAAUAACAUUAUCAUCCGCAGUUAAUGUUUACAAAACUGCUUUACCUUAAACUCUGUAGAUGUUUACAUCUUUUUGUUUUAAGAUGUCGGUAAAUUAAUGUGCUAUUAGCUAUGUUUCAUAGGAACAUAGUUAAAAGCGUUGUCGUCUUCUUUGGGAUUACACUCAGGGGUCUGAAGGCAGUUUUUUUACACACACUUGAAAAGGUUGGAGUAACCAGAUUUUUCAUAGAACUUGGUGAUUAUCAACCUGUUGUAUAUUUUUAUUUAAUUUUGCAUCUUACUAAGCACUGCCACAGGUUACUAGCCAGGGUGGCCUUCUCUCACAGUCAUGCUGCUUUUUUGGAAGGUGAAUUUCAACAUAUUUAGUGCCUCUUUCAUUUCUCUCUUUCACAAGAAAAGCAUUUGGUGGAAAUCAUACAGUGGAUUUUUCUGAGCCGUCACCAGGGGUAGGGAUGAACCGUACUAUCCCAUACGAUUAUUGUGAUACUGAAGACAAAUUUCUGUUCCCGGUUUGGCUGCUCUACUUCUACUGGACGCUGUGUACGGUGCAAGGACGAGCUUAGUGUCGAGUUUAGUGCUACUGUGGUACAUUUUGAUGGAAGUAAGCACCCUCGCGAUUCCAGUU